GGAAGAGCACCCCUGCUACCGAUAUCCCGUCCUCCCCCCCCGCCUCUCUCCCUUCCCUCCCUGGAUCAACACUGCGGUAGUGACUCCCCGCUCUCUUCUGCCCGCCCGCCCCCUUAUCGGUGCGGCGCAUCAGUGCUGGGCUGAAGUGUGCCCCUCAGUAAGGUACAUCUGACACCUUUCUUUGGGUCAUUCCCUCACCUUACCUCAGGCAGAGGGAGAGGUAUCUGUCACUCUCUCUCACUCCAACCGCAUCUGUUUGUCUUGACAUCCAACUUACCGAGCAAAAUCCCUACUAUAAACACAAAAGGCACGAUGCAGCAGAGCAGCGCCCCAGAGUUCAUUCUCGAGGCCUUUGCGGACCCCGCCUCCGUACGUGAUGUCGUCAAAGGAAUCCUCCACACAAUCUUCUUCCACCGCUUCUUCCCCGCCGUCGUCCCCUACACCCGCGAAGUCCUAGACCUCACUCUCCCCUAUGUCGACGACGUCGAGCUCGAGACCAUGAUCGAGCAGCGCGCCACCGCCCUCGUCCGCCAGCUCGACGCCGAGCGCUCCUCUUCCGGCUCCGGCGGUGGCAGCGGGGGCGGGCGCGGCCAGCUCACCGUUCAGUUCUUUGAAAAGAAGCGUCGCAAGGCUUGGCUCAUGCGCGGCGACGAGGAGGUCUGUUGGGAAUGCUGGACCGUAAAAGUCACGGUCGCGGAACCCAGGACGGAGACUGAGCGAGCCAAAGUCCGAAAAGCCAUGGAGACGACGCUCAUGACCACCGUCAUGAAGGUUAUUACGUUUGUCAACGCGCACAAGGACCACAUCCCUCCGAUAACGACGCAGGGGUCGAACCCGUUUCCCUACCAGAUCAAUAUUAACCAAAAGGAGUCGGGGUGGGCUACGAGGAUGGGCAUUUACUAACUUUGCGCAUUCGGUAUGAUGACACUGUGACACUGUAAUGAGAUGUUUUGACAAGAUGCCUCUUGAUUUUUUCGAGGAUUUGAUACGGAUUUUUGGAUGGUCUUUCCACGUUCGGCUUGGGGACGAUGACAUCAACGAACCCAGGAUGACGAUGGCGACGCUGCUGGCAGAUAUCGUAGAGGUAGUAGACACAUUAUGGCGUUCUGGGAACAAGACAUGAUUUACGAGGCAUAGACAUGUAGGACUUUGGGGAAAUUUAGAGCAAGGCAAUAUGAUACCCGUUCUUGAGUUCG